CUAGUACAUCCUGGUCUUUUACAUACCAGCACUGCAGUAUCACUUGGUGACAUAGCAAGUCCCAUAAGUGCAGUACAAGCUGGUGCGGUGACUAGCACAAUUAGUGCCCCGCAGCCACCAAGAAUUCAAACACAGGCCUGUAGAGCCCAUAGUGUCCUUCCGGAUGUGCUUGAAAAUUCUGAUUGGCAACACACAAAUUCUGCAGCACCAUACUUCCUCCAUUCACUUCCCAACCCAGAAUUCAGGUGGAAACAACAAAUUGAACUACUCCUCUUGAUUUUAUGGAACUGUUUAUCACAGAAGAUUUGUAUAAUAUGAUUGUGGGCCAAAGCAAUUUGUACUCACCACAAUAAAUCGCCGCCAACCCAAAAUCAGCUCUUGGCAGACCAUUUGUAUGGAAA